UCUACGAUAUUUGGUAGUAAACUACGCUCCGAUGAGUAGUUCUGUAUCUGGUAGUCGCCAUUGUUCACUGCGAAGCGAAGGUGGUAUUUAUAACGUAUUUGUGAAUUUCAGUUGUUUUGUUGCAUAUUUUGUCCAUUUAAGAUUUGAAGAUGGUGCGAAAUUAUGUUAGAAAAACAGAGAGACAAAGUUGGCCUGUAGAUUCUAUGGAACAGGCAAUAUCCGCAGUAAUUGACGGUAAUACAAGUUUAGACAAAGCCUCGUCCCAAUAUGGUGUACCAAAAUCAACAUUGGCUCGAUAUGUGAAGAAAAAGCGGGAUAGUCCGGAAUUUCGCAUUAACAAACAGUCAGGAAAAUUUACGUGUAUUUUCAAUGAACAGCAGGAGUUAGAACUUGCUAAUUACGUUAAAAACAUGGAAAAAAGAUUGUUUGGCUUAUCCAUGAAAGAUUUACGCAGGCUAGCGUAUCAGUUGGCACACCGCAAUGGAAUCAUUCAUAAUUUUAACCAAAUUAAUCAAACAGCAGGACAAGACUGGAUUAAUGGCUUUUUGAAGAGACAUCCCGAUUUAAGUAUAAGAGAACCUGAGGCAACCUCUGGAGCUCGUGCGAUGGGCUUUAAUCGGGUAGCUGUAGCACAAUUCCAAUCUCUUCUAAAAGAAUGCAUUGAUAAAUAUAAACUGAAUUCUGAUCGUAUCUUUAAUUGUGAUGAGACCGGCAUUAGCGUGAAUCCAAAAGGACAUUCUAAAAUCAUAGCAACGAAAGGGAAACGGCAGGUAGGCACGCUAACAUCAUCUGAGAGAGGUGAAACUGUGACUGUGGAGUUGUGUUUUUCUGCCAGUGGAUCUUACAUGGCCCCGAUGUUAAUUUUCCCCAGGAAACGGAAGCAGCAAGAGUUCGAGUUGGGUUUGCCACCUGGAGGUUGGGCAGAAGUCUCCGACUCGGGAUGGAUUACAACCGAAACGUUUGUCAGUUGGUUUAAAAAAUUUAUAUAUUUUUCUAAGGCCACAAAAGAUGCUCCUGUUUUGCUUCUGUUCGACGAUCAUUCGACACAUACGAAGAACAUUGAACUCAUUGAUCUUGCUCGAGAUAACGGAGUUAUAUUGCUCUGCUUUCCUCCCCACUGUUCGCACCGUCUUCAGCCUUUAGAUGUUUCACUGAUGAGGCCUAUUAGUAUUUAUUAUGAAGAGGAAGUGCGAAGAUGGUUAAGAUCAAACCCUGGAAAAGUAGUGACUUUAUUUCAGAUUGCAUCGUUGUUUGGAACUGCAUUUAUUAAUGCAGCUACAAUGAAAACAGCACUGAACGGCUUCAAGAAAACAGCAAUUUGGCCUCUAGAUAUUAAUGCAUUUACUGAAGACGAUUUCCUUCUAUCUGCACCAACAGAUAUUCAAAUAGAAAUAGAUGAUAAUUUGGAGUCCAGAAAUGCCAAUGAUUUGUCAACGACAAAUGAAGUAGCCGAUGAGGAACAAAUUAGUCAAAAUGAUGCCACCACUGAACUCAUCGGAACAAACUCUAAAACACCAGCAUCUAACGGUGAACACCUACCCGUUCUUCCUCAGUGUUCAUGGAUGCCAGAUCCUGUUCAAAUUCCUUCAGGUAAAAGUAACCUAACGUCAUUUCCGACUGCUUCUCCUCAACAUGUUCUACCGAUACCGAAAGUGGAACAGAAUAAGAAAAGAACUUCUCGAAAAAAAGGAAAAACAGCAAUUCUGACUUUAUCGCCAUAUUUCGAAGAGUUGAAAAAGGCCAAGGAAGAAACAAAAACUAAGGCGGCUAAAAAAGUAGAGCGAGUAAAAAGAAAAGUCAGCUUCAGUAAAGACGGAAGUAAAGCCACUAAAGAGAAAGUGGUUAAAAAGAAGAGGGUGUUGUUAAAUAAAGAUCUGAAAGACAAGACAAGAGACUCUGAUUCCAGUGACACUGAAGAUGAUGCCGAGUGUUUAUACUGCCAAGACUUCUAUUCAACUUCCAAUGAAGGAUGGGUAGCAUGCUCAUCGUGCUACAGUUGGGGACAUAAUUCUUGUGCAGACGUAGAUAGUGAGGAUGAUGAAUCAGUUUUCAUCUGUGAAUUAUGUGUAAAUUAAAAAUUGUGUUAGGCGUAAUAUUAAUAAA